AGAUGCUGUGGGUAGAGCGGUCGCUCGGCGCCCUCUGUGUCUCGCACGCCGGAGAGUGCGGAGGCCACCGGUGUCUGCUUCCUGCCGCCUCCUGGAGCUCCCGCCAUGGCCAUGUUAUCGGCGGGGCGGCUCGGCACCGCUAUCAGGCUUCUGCUGCGGCAGCAUCAACCACGAGCCUGUGCUGUGAGGCUGCUGAAGGCUACCUGCUCACAACGAAGUGAAGCCUUGGCAAGCCCCCCUUUGGAUGAUGCCCACAAAGAGUACUCGCCCAAGAUUCAGCAGCUAGUUCAGGACAUUGCUAACCUGACCCUGCUGGAAAUCUCUGACCUCAAUGAGUUACUUAAGAAAACACUGAAGAUCCAAGACAUGGGAUUCAUGCCAAUGGCUGGAAUGAUGCCAGCAGCACAGUCAGCAGCUCCGGCAGCAGAGGAGGAAGACCUUCCCAAGAAGCCGGAGAAGAUUAAUUUCACUGUCAAGUUGACUGAGGUGAAGGCUGAAGAGAAGGUGAAACUUAUCAAGGAGGUGAAGAACUGUAUGCAGGGACUAAACCUCGUCCAGGCAAAGAAGUUGGUGGAAUCUCUUCCUCAGGAGAUCAAGGCAAAUAUACCUAAAGAGGAAGCGGAGAAAAUCAAAGAAGCUCUGGAAGCAGCAGGAGGGACUGUAGUUCUGGAGUAAAAGAGUUGGUUUUGCUGCCCAAGGACUAAAGCAGAGCAGGGGGUAGUCCCCUGACCUGUGUCGCCUGCCCUCGGCUUUUCCUGUCGGCUGACUGGUGGGGGAUUCUCUACGGUUUCGGGAAGCUGUGCCCUGGCUUGUUUUCUUGGCAAUGGGGUUUUCCACUGGGAUGGCUCAGUGCACAGUGAAUGACUUCAGCAUCACGAGGGCUGUUGCUUGUACCAGCACUGCAGAUAACUGAAUCUAUAAAGAAUGUACACACGGGAGAACACCUGUGGGACAA